AUGAAGCUUCUCAGCGCCUUCAUCGCCAGCAUUGUGGUGGGCUGCGUUCUAGUGGCUGCUCAAAUUUUAGAACCAACGCAACAUGAAGUGAAAUACGCGGAUCGAGCAUUUUUACAAAAGCAAAAAUUUCUACUCGAAAUUUUGCAUCGCCUUGAGAGCCCGCUGUUGUUCGCAAAAUAUCUAAACUAUGCUGCAGACUUUCAUUUCGACAAAAAUGACUUUGUGGUAUACGACGAACACAUGGUGCAGUUCGAAACGGCUUACAAGGCCGGCUACAUACUGCCGCGUGGUGAAUUCUUCGGUGCUUUAGUGAAAUCGCACAUGACACAAGUAUGGGGUCUCUUCAAUUACUUCUACUACGCCAAGGACUUCGAGGCGUUUAUGCAUGUCGCCAGUUGGGCGCGCAUGCAUGUGAGCGAGGGUAUGUUUGUGGCGGCGCUCACGUUAGCCGUAAUACAUCGAGAUGAUUUUGAGGGUCUCAUGUUGCCGCCAAUUUAUGAAAUAUUACCACAACAUUUUUUCACAAGCAAACUCAUCUACGAAACGGAGAAAUUCGAUUAUAAUAUGUGGAUUAGGCAAAUAAUGUACGAGAAGGAAUAUAAGGACUUUCUGUAUCAAGAGAAUAGGGAUGCAUACAAGCAACAUGCUUACAUUUAUACAAAAGACUGGAAAACUUGGCAAUGGUGGAAGAUGAUGGGCUUAGGUGAGCAAUGGUAUACGGAGGAUAUGACCAAAUUGGCUGAUAUUGCUGUGGGAAAUUAUAAAACCGCACGUUUUUCCAAUAUGGCCAAGGGUACACGUAUAUUCACUAUGCCCACCGAUUACACACGCAAUAUUGAGUAUUAUAACGAACAUUCGAAAUUGUCGUACUUCACCGAAGAUGUGGACUGGAAUUCGUAUUGGUAUUAUGCAAACAUGGACUAUGCUUACUUCAUGAAUAGCACAAAAUAUAAUUUUGCUGCGGAUCGUCGUGGCGAGCACUGGGCAAAUGCGUUGAAAACAAUGCUGACGCGUUAUCAGUGGGAGCGCUUGUCGCAAGAGCUCGGCGAAACACCCGAAUACUCGGCAGAGUCCGUUUUCGAACAUGGCUACAAUCCACAAUUGAUCAGUUAUAAUGGCAUACAAUUUGGUUAUCGUCAAAAUGAUUUCGAUUAUAUGCACUAUACGGAUUUCGAUCAAUUCAAUCGUUUCAUUUAUUACUACAAACGUGUGACCCUGCUACUGGAGAAAGGUCAUUUCAUGACCAAAAACGGCACAUUUAUCGAUUUGCGGCGACCGGAGUCUAUAGAAGUGAUGGCAAACUUCAUGGAAGGCAAUGCCGAUUUAUUUGAUUCUCACUUUGCCAUCUACUGGCGUAUCUUCUCGCACAUGUACUUCGCUGGCGUGGAUGCAAACCAAUUGCAUGUACUGCCGCACAUCUUUGUUAAUCAUGAAACCAUGUUCCGCGAUCCAUUCACUUACAGUUAUUAUAAACGUUUCUACCAGGUAAUCUACAAAUUUAAUUCGCUUCUGCCCGCUUAUACGCGUGAUGAGCUCCUCUUGCCCGGCGUACGUUUGACGGAUGUGCAAGUGAGUGAGCUGAUGACAUAUUUCGAUUUUAGCCAUUUUGAUGUUUCCACUCUUUUGAAUGAUGAAACACUUUUCAUCGAAGACACUUAUGUUUUCGAUAAAAUAUUCUUGGCUCGUCAACAACGUCUAAAUCACAAACCAUUCACGUUGGAUUACACAAUCGAAGCGGAGCAGCCACAAAAAGUUGUGGUGCGUGCGUUCCUUGGUCCGUGCUAUGAUCAAAAUAGACGCGCACUUUCAUUGGCUGAGUAUCGUGAAAAUUUCAUUGAAAUUGAUGAGUUCAUCUAUGAGCUAGUGGCUGGUAAAAAUACUAUUAAACGCGACUCGCGUGACUUCUAUUGGACUAUUGACGAUCGCCGCACCUACGCUGAACUCUAUCACGCGGUAAUUAUUGCCCUAGGUGGAGAGAAACCGUUAGAAUUGAAUGUCACACAACAACACUGGGGAUUCCCCGAUCGUCUACUAUUGCCGCAAGGUUGGGCGAAAGGUUAUCCAAUGCAGCUAUUCUUUUUCGUUGCUCCAUAUACAGGUCCGCAUGUGCGUUAUCCCAGUUAUGAGCACAGUUCAUUCAGUGGCGGCGUUGGAUCGGGCAAAAGGUAUAUUGAUAAUAAGCCUUUUGAUUAUCCAUUCGAUCGGCCGAUCAUUGAAACUGAGUUCCUCGUGCCGAAUAUGUUCAUGAAGAAUGUUAAGGUGUAUCAUGAGUUGUUGGAGGAGAAGUAUCAGGAUGGGAAAUACGAAAAUUAUGGUACUUUCGAUUAUACUUAUAAAGAAAAUAACUAAAAAUAGGUAGUGUAUAAUUUUAAUUGU